AUCACGUAGAGAUCGAGCCGCCUACAUGCACGAGCGAACCAAAGUAGUCUGUUGCGCAGUUGAUAUUCUUAACCACGGGACAGGUGAACACAAUAGUCGCACAGUAAUCUGCAUCAACACUCAAACAGGAUUUUAAGCGCUAUGGCGUCAAACGAUUACGCUCAGUCUUCAAGCCACGGUUACAGUGGUUAUGGAGGACAGUCCAGUCAGGGUUACAGUAAACCCUCUGUCCAGAACAACAGCCAACAGGGCUAUGGAGGAUUUAACCAAAACUCAGAGAGCAGCUCUGCUCCUUAUAGUCAGAGUGGAUAUGGCUCCGCCUAUGGACAGUCCCAGUCAGGAGGAUAUGGGUCUCAGCCCCCUUCCCAGACCUAUAGUCAGACCAGUCAGUCCUAUAGUUCUGGAAGCUACAGUAACAGCAGCCAGCCUCCACCGUCUCAAAGUGGAGGCUACAACCAGCAGUCCUCUUUCUCUGGCUAUAACCAGCAUCACUCUUCCCCUGGCACUGGUAACUACGGCAACAACUCCCAGUCAUCUGGCUAUGGACAGCAGCAGCAGCAGAGUGGGGGUGGUAAUGGAAGUCAAAGUGGGGGUUAUGGUAGCAGUGGGGGGCAACCUGGAGCAUAUGGGGGAAGUGGGGGGCAGAGUGGUGGAUACGGGGGGAGUGGAGGACAACAACAGUCCUCUCAACGUGGAGGUGGGCCGUACAACCCACCUUCCAACUACAGCUCUCCUCCACCUCAGAACUAUGGGCAACAAAGUCAGUAUGGACAGGGAGGGUACAAUCAGGAUUCUCCACCCUUGAGCAGUGGAGGAGGAAGCUAUGGCAGUCAGGAUGGUGGAUAUAGCCAGGAUGGCAGAGGUGGUCGUCAGGGAGGAGGAGGUGACUUUGGAGGUCGAGGGGCGGGUGGGUUUGACAGAGGCGGGCACGGAAGUCCUCGUGGCAGAGGAGGAAUGGGAAUGGCCGAUCGUGGAGGAUUCAAUAAGUUUGGUGGGCCCAGGGAUCAUGGAGGUGCUGGGCACAGUAUGCAGGACCAGGAUAAUUCUGACAAUAACACCAUUUUUGUACAAGGUCUUGGAGACGACUAUACUGUGGACUCUAUCGCAGACUUUUUCAAGCAGAUUGGCAUCAUCAAGAUCAAUAAGAAGACAGGAUUACCCAUGAUAAAUCUUUAUACAGAAAGAGAGACUGGCAAGCUCAAGGGCGAGGCCACCGUUUCCUUUGAUGAUCCCCCUUCUGCCAAGGCUGCCAUCGAUUGGUUUGAUGGUAAAGAAUUUAAUGGAAGUCCAAUCAAAGUGUCCUUCGCAACUCGCAGAGCUGAAUUUGGACGAGGUGGGGGAGGCAUGAGAGGUGGUCGUGGUAGAGGAGGGCCAAUGGGACGUGGGGGGUUUGGCGGAGGACAAGGUGGUGGCGGUGGCUUCCCAGGCAAUAAUGGAGGUGGUGGUGGCAAUGGAGGUAGCAGUGGCAAUGGAGGUGGCCAGCAGAGAGCAGGGGACUGGAAAUGUUCAAACCCAACGUGUGGUAAUUUGAACUUCUCAUGGCGAAAUGAGUGUAAUCAGUGCAAAGAUCCCAAACCAGAAGGCAGUGGAGGAGGAUUGCCACAGAUGGGAGGUGGUUAUGGUGGGGACCGGGGAGGCAGAGGUGGCUUUGAUCGAGGUGGAUUCCGUGGUCGUGAUCGAGGAGGCUUUAGGGGAGGGAGAGGAGGUGACCGUGGAGGAUAUGGCCCAGGCAAAAUGGACUCGAGGGGUGAACACAGACACGACCGGAGAGAGAGGCCUUACUGAUGAGAAACUCUCUUUUGUUCAUAUCAGACUUUAAUUUGAUGUGGGACCAAUGUACACUCCACCAUUCAGCUUGUAAACCUUGUUUCUCAUGUUCUGGGUUGUGAAAUAUUUUUGUUUAAGUUCUAAUCAUGUUUAAAUUUUCCAUUUAUAAAAAAAUGAAUGUUUUCACUUUAUAAAUGAUCAUGAUUACUCUCUCAGUAUUUUCUGGUAUUUUUCACAGUAUUACUCUUAUUUAUUACUCUUAAUAUUAUCAAACUUGCUUUCUUUGACAUUUUGAAAAUAUGUAAUAAUGGAUUAAAAAAAUAAACAGUUUGAAAGUA